CAGACCAUCAUCAUAAUAGCUCGAUCGACGAUACCAUCAUGAGUUGCUCUACACUGCUGGCACUUCUUAUCAGCAUCUACUUGGUUACUUCUUGCCAAGGACGAAGCAUCGCUGAAUCCAAAUACAACAACCAAAGAGAUGUAGACGAAAAUCAAUUCUUAGUUGGUCAUUCUGCAUCUAACUCAAAGGUCCAACGCAAACGUACAGGCAUCAAUGUACCAUUAAACAAAUGGUUCAAUUAUGAAACCCGAGAAGAAGUACCAACAGCGCUUCGCACGUCAUUCAUCCCUUUAGAUUCUACCAAAUUCACAAUAUCGUCGGAAAAACCCAUACACUCUACUCAACAUACAAGAGAAUCAACUGUAUACCCCACUUCAUCUGAACCAGUACAUUCAACAGAUCUUCCAGUGUCAUCUCAAGAGCCUAUUCAUUCUACUGAACAUACAGGAGGAUCAACUGAGUAUCCCACUUCAUUAGAACCUGUUCAUUCAACAUAUCUUCCAGUGUCAUCUCAAGAGCCUAUUCAUUCUACUGAACAUACAGGAGGAUCAACUGCGUAUCCCACUUCACCUGAACCUGUUCAUUCCACAGAUUUUCCAGUGUCAUCUCAAGAGCCUAUUCAUUCUACUGAACAUACAGGAGGAUCAACUGCGUAUCCCACUUCAAUUGAACCUGUUCAUUCCACAGAUCUUCCAGUGUCAUCUCAAGAGCCUAUUCAUUCUACUGAACAUACAGGAGGAUCAACUGCGUAUCCCACUUCAAUUGAACCUGUUCAUUCCACAGAUCUUCCAGUGUCAUCUCAAGAGCCUAUUCAUUCUACAUUACAUACAGGAGCUUCAUCUGAGUAUCCCACUUCAUUAGAACCUGUUCAUUCAACAUAUCUUCCAGUGUCAUCUCAAGAGCCUAUUCAUUCUACUGAACAUACAGGAGGAUCAACUGCGUAUCCCACUUCACCUGAACCUGUUCAUUCCACAGAUCUUCCAGUGUCAUCACAAGGGCCUAUUCAUUCUACUGAACAUACAGGAGGAUCAACUGCACAUCCCACUUCGCCUAAACCUGUUCAUUCCACAGUUCCUCCAGUAUCAUCACAGAGGCCUAUUCAUUCUACUGAACAUACAAGAGGGUCAACUGCAUAUUUCACUUCGCCUGAACCUGUUUAACUCUUCGUUUAACACUAUCAGUAACGUAAUAUGUACCAUUUUUCAAUGAACAUGCAAUAGGAUCAACUAAACUCACUUAAUUUUAAAAUUGUUAAUUAAUAGUGUACUGUUUUAAAAUUAUAUUUUACUAAUGUAAUUUUUAAAAUAACUUGUCAGUUAUAAGACGUUAUUUAAACGAAUCUCAUUGAAAUAAGUCUUGUUUAUUAUUAAUGUAUGUGUUGUCAUUAUACAUUUUGUCAGUUUCAUUUGUAUACAUAUAUAUAUAUUUUAGUUUUUAAAUUAAUAACAAAUUUAUUGUUGCUUAUUUUUGUAAAUAAACUACAUUUUUCUAAGCUUUGCUGUUCU